AUGAGAAGUGUCAGGAGUGCUAAUUCUAAAAGACCUUUGUCUACCAUUCCUAAGACCCAAUCCCAGGUCCUGGAAAUACCCAUGCCUCCCUCAGCCAGAAAGAUCGUGCCGAGCAUGCACAACCUUCUUGAAACCUUGUAUACAAAGAAAUGUGAAGAAUUGAGGAUUCAUUUACAACCAGACCAAAUGGGGAGAUUUCAAGAGAAGGUCUUGAGCCAAUACUCAGGACACACCAUUGAUUUAUCGGAGCUAUCCUUACCUGCCAAUUGCACACCCCUAAUCAAUAAAGUUGUUAAGAAUGUCCCCUUUGUUGUUCUUUCACAAAAUCCCCUUUAUGACGGGGUCAGAAAUCUGUAACUCCCUAUGGUUAGUUUGACCUUGUGUAAUUGCGGAAUCGGCCCCAGGGGUUUUGCAGUUCUUUUCCAAACUCUUUCAAUAAAUCAAACACUCUACCAUCUCAAUAUUGGUAAUCCUUUCUCUAAUGAGAGGAAUAGACUUGGAUUAGCAUUAAAUCAAUUGGCAGAGGCAUUGAAGAAGAAUAGAAUUUUGGCAAUCUUAGACAUAAGUGGUUGUGGAAUCUAUGAUUUAAGAAAAUUGAACAGUGCUUUUGCAGAAAACAGGAAUCUUUUGCACAUAAAUGUUUCUGAUAAUGAACUCAAAGACACGUUGAUUUUGCCAUCAUAUCUUGAGAGAUUGGAAGCCCAAAAUAACAUGUUUGGAUAAUAGGUAGUUUAAAUAUGCGAAUAAUUGAGACAAGGCUCUGAUUCUGUUCAUGCCAGAGAAAUCAAUCUCAAAAGAAAUAAAUUGACGAUUAAUCAACUAUUUGCUAUUCUAGAACAAAUUGAAAGAAAUACUCAUCUAAAUAAAUUAAUAUUAGAUGAAAAUACAUUCAUUAGCGAAAACAAUAUUUGCAUAUGCAAUUAUCUUGUCUACAACAAUCAUCUGGAAUACCUUUCAUUAAGGAAUUGUUCAUUGACCUAGAACUUUAUAGAGCAAUUGGCAUCUGGAUUAUGUAGAAAUGGAAGUUUGAAGACUUUGGACAUCAGUAAGAAUAUCAUCGGAGAUCAAGGGGUUUUAGCAUUGGUACAAGGCUUCUAGGGUUCAUGCAAUCUGAAAAGUAUUAUCAUGAAAAGGUGUGGUAUGACUGAUCUCAGUGGCUUAGAAUUAUUUAAAAUAUUUCUUAAAUCCAACAUUUAGGAGUUUGAUUUCUCAAAUAAUCUCAUGGGAGACUAAACUGCAAUGUAUGCGAUUUAAUUGAUUAAGAAGAAUAAGGAUAUCAUCAAAAUGAACUUUAAAAAAAACCUCAAUUCUUAUGAGACAAACAAUUAAAUUGAAAAACUGCUGCUUGAGAACAUUUAGGAUCGGAAGAGAAAUGUCAUUCCUCACCUGCGGCAUAAGGUUUAAGGAAUGACCAAUUAUAGAGAAUAAUAGGAUUAUGUUGACAAGAGAAAGGAACAGCUUUUUGUCAAGAAGGUUCAGGCUGAAAAGGAUUUUAAGUUUGCUUAAUCUCAAGUAGUUUUAUGUUAAUAGGGAGCCAAGGAACGUACUUAAACUGUGGAGGAGAGAAUGAUUAAAUUGAGAGAGGAAGCGUAACAAUUGACGAUAUAGUAAUUGAAUUUGGAUAAAUUUCUUUGGAAUUAAAUUGCUGUGAUUGAGGAUGAGUAGAAAGUAUAUACUGAUUAAUUAAAGAAUGAGAAUGCUUUAGUUGUAAAUUUAAACAAACAAAUUUAAGACUCUUAAGUAUAAAUUCUUAUCAUAUAAAGAGUAAAUAAAAAUCUAUUGUCUAAUUCUACAAAUAGCAAAUGGAAAAUCUUAAAUUGUAAGAGGGAAUUCAAAAAAGAAAAUUAGAUUAAUAAUAACAAGAAUACAAUAGUAUUUUAUCAUAAUUAGAAUUUUGUAAAAAAAUAACAGAAAAUAAUUAUAAAAAAAUGAUAACAUUAAUUCAUUAUCUAUUUUUACAUCCAAUAGGUUCACACUAAUUUAAAUGA